GAGCUUAGACAGGUGUUGCUGGGGGUUUGCGCAUCGGCCGUGAUAUCGCUUUGCAGGAUGGGAGCUGCGAAAACACCUACGCAACCCUACCAUAGUUUCCCAUGUAUUCUGCAAUUUGGCUUUUCGAAAUACGGAAUUUAAUUAACGCUGGAAACCAAGUGAACGUCGCAAUGGUGCACCACUCGGGCUCCAUCCAGUCCUUCAAGCAGCAGAAAGGCAUGCACAACAGCAUCAGCGAGAUCCUGAAGGAGAAAAGCCUGAAACCGUCUCGUCGCAGCCUUCCCUGUUUAGCCCAGAGUCAGACGCAUCCGAUCAACCUCAACCACUUCCUGUCUGUGCCUCUGAGUCCAGAUCCCAAACCAGAAGUCGAGGGUUUGAGUCAGAGCUUUAGCACCUCCUGCAGCCUCCUCCCCCCGCAGACAGAAGACGGCAAGGAUCACUAUGUGGAGGAGUCAGAAGCAACAACGUGUGAAACAAGAGCAGACGAAUCAUUUCUGCUACAAAAGCCUGUCACCAGAGCUAAAUUAGAGGCCCGUACAAAUUCACUUCAGGGGAAGAAUCCAGCUAAUUCAUCUGGGCUGUUUUUCCGAGAUGGCAAAAAGCGUAUUGACUACAUCCUGGUGUACAAGAAGUCUAGUCCACAGGUGGAGAAGAGGUGCACAUUUGAGAAGAAUUUACGGGCUGAAGGUCUAAUGCUGGAGAAGGAGCCCUCCUUGACAAACAAUGACAUUAUGUUUGUGAAGAUACAUGCUCCCUGGGAUACUCUUUGCAAAUAUGCAGAGCAAAUGAACAUCCGAAUGCCUUUCAGGAAAAAGUGCUAUUUUACAGACUGGAAGAGUAAAACCCUGGGCAGCAGGUUUCAUUUGAGAUAUCGUCAGAUAAAGAGCUGGCUUCCCAGAAAUCCCAUGAAGCUGGACAAAGAGGCCUUGCCUGACCUGGAAGAGACCGACUGCUACACGGCUCCCUUCAGCAGAGCACGCAUGCAUCACUUCACUAUCAACAACAGAGAGACCUUCUUCUCCAACUCCACCAGAAGCAGGAUAGUCCAUCAUGUCCUGCAGCGCACCAAAUAUGAGGAUGGAAAAUCAAAGAUGGGUAUCAACCGGUUACUGGGAAACAACACAUAUGAGGCUGCAUUUCCCCCACAUGAGGGUGGUUAUAAGAGCAGACAUCCUAUUAAGACACAUGGUGCGCAGAACCACAGGCACCUCCUGUAUGAGCGCUGGGCCCGCUGGGGGAUCUGGUACAAAUACCAGCCUCUGGACCUCAUCAGACGGUAUUUUGGGGAGAAAAUCGGUCUUUACUUUGCAUGGUUGGGCUGGUACACUGGCAUGUUGAUCCCUGCAGCCCUGGUUGGCGUUUUUGUCUUCCUCUAUGGCCUCUUCACCAUGGACUCCAGCCAAGUCAGUAAAGAAAUUUGUGAAGCCAACACUACCAUCAUGUGUCCAAUGUGUGAGGACACCUGCGAUCCAUGGACGCUGAGUGACAGUUGUGUCUAUGCCAAGGUUACACAUCUGUUUGACAACGGCGGCACUGUGUUCUUUGCGAUCUUCAUGGCUAUUUGGGCCACGGUAUUCCUGGAGUUCUGGAAAAGGAGGAGGGCAGAACUGACUUAUGACUGGGAUCUCAUUGAUUGGGAGGAAGAAGAGGAGGAGCUUCGGCCUCAAUUUGAAGCCAAGUAUUCCAGGAUGGAGAGAGUCAACCCCAUCUCUGGCAAACCCGAGCCUUUCCAGCCCUUCUCAGACAAACUCAGUCGGCUCAUGGUGUCUGUGUCCGGGAUAUUCUUCAUGAUCUCCCUUGUCCUGACAGCUGUGUUUGCUGUGGUGGUUUUCCGUCUUAUUGCAAUGGAGAAGUUUGCUUCCUUCAACUGGUAUUUUGUGAAGAAAAACUGGCAGUUUGCCACCUCUGGCAGUGGCGUCUGCAUUAACUUUAUGAUCAUCAUGUCUCUCAAUGUGGUGUAUGAAAAAGUGGCCUACCUGCUGACAAAUUUAGAGCACCCACGGACUGAGUCUGAGUGGGAGAACAGCUUUGCUCUGAAGAUGUUCCUGUUCCAGUUUGUGAAUUUGAACAGUUCCACAUUUUACAUCGCUUUCUUUCUUGGAAGGUUUGCUGGCAGGCCGGGAAAAUACAAUAAACUCUUCAAUCGAUGGAGGCUGGAGGAGUGUCACCCCAGCGGCUGUUUGAUUGAUUUGUGCCUGCAAAUGGGAGUCAUCAUGUUCUUUAAACAAAUCUGGAACAACUUCAUGGAGCUUGGUUAUCCUUUGCUGCAGAAUUGGUGGUCUCGGAGGAAGAUGAAGAAAGGAGGUGGUGGAGGGCAGAAUGUCGAGAAUAAAGCCCAGCUUCCACAAUGGGACAAAGACUGGAAUCUGCAGCCGAUGAACGCUCAUGGACUGGUGGAUGAAUACCUAGAAAUGGUUCUCCAGUUUGGCUUCACCACCAUCUUUGUAGCAGCGUUCCCUCUGGCUCCACUCCUCGCUCUGCUCAACAACAUUAUUGAGAUUCGUCUUGACGCCUAUAAGUUUGUCACCCAGUGGAGGAGACCCAUGCCUGCCCGAGCAACUGACAUAGGUAUUUGGCAUGGGAUUCUCGAGGGUAUCGGCGUGCUGGCUGUCAUCACCAAUGCCUUUGUCAUAGCCAUCACUUCUGACUACAUCCCUCGCUUUGUUUACGCUUUUAAAUAUGGCCCUUGUGCAGAUAAGGGGCCGCACCAUGGCGAUGAGUGUUUGCAAGGCUACAUGAACAGCAGUCUGUCUGUGUUUGACAUGGGUGAGAAUAGGAACAACAGCCAGCAUAGAUACUGCAGGUAUAGAGACUACAGAGCGACGCCCUGGAGCACAGUGCCGUAUGAAUUCACCCUGCAGUUCUGGCAUGUCUUAGCAGCCAGGCUGGCCUUCAUCAUCGUCUUCGAGCACCUGGUGUUUGGGAUCAAGUCGUUCAUUGCAUACCUCAUCCCGGACAUGCCGAAGGAUCUGUGCGAUCGAAUGAGGAGGGAAAAGUACCUGAUGCAAGAGAUGAUGUACGAAGCAGAACUAGAGCACCUGCAGAAAGAAAGAAAGAAGAACGGACGGCGUUAUCACCACGAGUGGCCUUAGCUUUCUAAAUCUCCACGUCUCCACCACACGCUGCAUAACCCUCGGCACGACCUCCACACCUCCUGCUUAUUCAUGUUUCUUAGCUUUGAGAGUCUAGCUUCACUUGGCUGAUUCUGUACACCAAAGACACCCACAUCAGAUCCUCCCCUAAACCUGUCUGGCUCUAACCUUGACGCCAUCGCCAUCUGCUCCACAUUCAGUGUUGGCACCGCUCUCGGUUUCCUGCUUUGACCUUUCCCUACCCCGCCCAGAUCCCUCACCUGGCUUCAUCCAGUGGGUUGCCUGUUGGAUCCGUGCUGUGUCAUGGUUUCACAUGGAAAACCUGUGCAAUUGUAAUGUUUACUAUGCAGAUCAAGGGCUGCAGAUUACCACUGUUCACCUUUGGCACCCAUCCUGCACUCUAUGUGGCAGCUAGCACUUCGCUUUGACUCUUCAGUCCGCUGCCGCUUGCAGCAUGGCUGUGUUUUUUUGUUGUUUUUUUUCUCAAGAGUCACUGUUUAACAGGCAGAGCUACUGUGGCACUUAAUGUUCCGUGUUGCAUUAGUGAUUCUGUUGAUGUCGCUACCAAAUACAAUGGACAAUGUCAAUAUUGCCCUAGAAGCAUGCUGAUUAUUAAUGUUUGCAGCCAUUUUGUAAACUGCAAAGAAAAAAAACUAUAAACAACAGCACUCAUGGUAGAGGAUAUUCACACCCAUUCAGUCCAUUUGACAAAGAAUUCUCUAUAAAGUCAUAUAAAUUGCAUGGGAAUAUUGUUUUGUAACUUUUGAUAGACAAAUUCCAUGUCUUGAUGCCUGGUUCACAGUGUCUGUACUCAGUGUGACCUGUGUGUAAAUCUGUCUGUGCUACUGCUGAGCUUGACUGUAUUGAAUUGAGGAAAUGUUAACUAGUGCGAUUUUGAUUGUGCCUACAGUUGUGCACACCACAAUUGUACCACCAACAUCACGUGUGCCUGUUUGUGCUGCACGUGCUUUUUCAAGUGCAAGAAAUAUUCUCUCCUCGUUUGGUUGUAUGAUCCGCUGUAAACUCUUUGAACUCUCCUGUAAAGAUUUGCUUUGGAUGUGAGUCUCACCACAGCACCUACUCCGGUCUCAGCUAAUGGCUCGGAAAUACGCCGACACUACACACUACGUUGUAAUGUGACUCCAAUCAUGAACAAUGUAUACAGUCGCAUGCAGGAGCCGCAAAUCUGCUCUUCCGUUCUGCAUUGGCAGCCUGUUUUUCAUUUGCUGUUGGAAGCCCUGAAGCGUGGUUAAACUUGGAUCCCUUAGACAUACCUGUGGCUUGGAUGUUCAAUUCCAUCCAUCCACCAAUGCACACGAACAUACUCACGGUUCUUUAUUAAACUCAACAGUCACACCACAUUUCGGUUGCAUUUUGACAUUUAUACUAAAAAAAAUGGAGAAUAAGGUCAUUAAAUCUGACAUUGCCUUUUGUUGUGCUCGGUUCUGAUGAAGUGGAUUAGAGCAGCAGCAUGUUUUUGUCCAAUGAGAACUCAG